UUCAAACCUUUCGGUUCUGUAGUUAGUUGGUAACAACAGCCGCGGCAGCAACAAACAGCAGCAGCAGCAGAUUUGCCUUUCAUUCAAUAUUGCCGAGCUUCUCCGGGAGGUGGGAAGCCUUAUCGUUGAUAGCAGCACCACAAAGGAGAGAGUAACGAGUCAGCUGCCAUCGGUUCGACCCUGCGGGCGGUGGGAGUGCGAGCAUCUAGACGAGUUUUCCACGCCAUUGCUAGAUCGGACCUGUAGCAGCAAAGAGAGCAGAAGCCAUACCAGUCAGUAGUGAGUGUUCUUCAGUUAACUGAAGUUUCAAUGGAAAAAGAAGAUAUUUUUCUUUGAUUUGGAAAUAAUUGCUAAUUAAGUUUUGAUUUGGUGUAUUCUCUCUUCUGGGAGCAUAUAUUUUUUAAAGGUGGAAGCCAAAUUUAAUGCACAUGCCAAUAAAAGUUGUGAUAUAAGAAAAAUCCUACCUGAAACAAAAAGAGAAUUACAAAGUUUUUGUGUGGUUUUAUCGAUUGUAAGCAAGUGAUUUCUACCGUGAGAUUUGUUAGCAUUUUACUACAGUAGCAGCAUCUGGAGAAGAUGGCAUUCAAAGUGGUUGGUUUAUUGAUUCGCCAAGAACUGUCUGCACUAGGCGGCAAGACAACAACGCGCAUGAUCAGUACUAGCACAGUACGAUCAGCGAGAAUUUUGAAGGAUUCUCCAAACGCAUACCUCAACAAGACUUUACUUGAUCGCUAUCAGAAUCUGAAGUACAAUCCUAAAUACGUUCAAGCUACGUACGUUUGGAUUGACGGAACUGGCGAAAACGUUCGCCUAAAGGACCGUGUCUUGGACUUUGUACCGGAAAAACCAGAGGACUUGCCAAACUGGCAAUAUGAUGGCAGUUCAACAUAUCAGGCACUAGGAAAAAAUUCCGAUAUCAAGCUAGUGCCACGAGCUCUCUACAAGGAUCCAUUCAAGCCUGGAGACAACGAUGUGAUUGUGUUGUGCGACACGUACCAACCGGAUGGUAAACCUACCGAAUCAAACAAGCGUCAUGCUAUGCAGGAGGCCUACAAUAAGACCAAGGACACCGAACCGUGGUUUGGCAUUGAACAAGAAUAUACCUUCCUAGAUAUCGAUGGCAGGCCACUCGGAUGGCCAUCUGGUGGUUUCCCUGGACCGCAGGGUCCGUAUUACUGCGCUACCGGUGCUCAAAAUGUGGUUGGUCGUGAUAUCGCAGAGGCACAUGCCCUUGCUUGCUUGUACGCAGGUAUUGACUUUGCAGGAACCAAUGCCGAAGUUAUGCCAGCCCAGUGGGAAUACCAAGUUGGACCGAAUCUUGGUAUGAAAUGUGCCGAUGAUCUCUGGGUGUCCCGGUAUAUUCUGUGGAGGAUUGCUGAAGACUAUGGUGUAGUAGUUACCUUCGAUCCAAAACCAAUGGAAGGCAACUGGAACGGUGCUGGAGGCCAUUGCAAUUUCUCCACCAAGGAAAUGCGAGCAGAAAACGGCAUCGUCGCCAUCAAGGCUGCUAUUGAGAAGCUCUCCAAACAACAUGCCAAGCACAUUAAAGCGUACGAUCCUCGCGGAGGAAAAGACAACGAACGCCGAUUGGUAGGACGCCUAGAGACUUCAUCUAUCGAUAAAUUCAGCUGGGGUGUUGCCGAUCGCAGUACCAGCGUACGCAUUCCUCGCGGAGUGGCCGAAGCCAACAAGGGCUACCUCGAAGACAGACGUCCCAGCUCAAACUGUGAUCCAUACAGUGUUUGCAAUGCCAUUCUUACCACCUGCUUGGUUGAAUAAACUUGGUUUCUACUCUUGCACCAGUGAGUGCAACCUCAAAACACUCGACAAAUAUAUCCACUCCCAUUAAUAGCUAUUGUAUAUUUAUGUCAGUUGGCAGAUAAAUAUGAUUUCUAUGCUAUCGCAGCAGCAGCAGCAGAAAGAAAGUAUAUCGCAUUUGUAGUAAAAUUAUAGAAGAAGAAAGGAUAUUUUGCAAAUUUGACUUUUAAAUGUGCCGAAUAUACAAAAGUGUGACCUGGAAAAAGUCGAAUAAAAGAGGAAAACAACGCAAAGCAACAGCUACUCAAGUUGCAACUAGCCAAUUGUAUGUUAGUUUUCGUUGAUUUGUUUGCGCGCUAUAAAGUGAAUGGAAGAUAAAAGUUUAAAGGCUUGUUAUUAUUGUGUAUACGAAAGGAAACCAGUGAGUUCAGAAAGAUAGAUACAGUAAUAAUGUUUAAGUAAACUUUGUUGUGCAUCUGUAAGGACAAAAAAGCAUGUAUUAUCGACUGACUUAUACAUUGUGUUUUACAUUAAUUUAACGCAUGCUGAAUAGCAAACCUCAGAGAAAAAGAUCAGUCAUCGGAUCGGACACAAUUCAUCGGCACAAAUAUCUUAGAACGUUGUUUAUCGAUGUUGGUUGUAGGACGACAGGAAAUAAUAAGAACCUUUUGGAAGUUAAAUUACUGUUUUGAUAUCCUCUUGUAACGUUAGUAUAAAACAAAAGAAAAUAACAAUAUCAAAUUUGUCGACAAUGUAUCAUCAAAAAAAUUUGUCUAUCCAAAUUAUUUUAGAAGAACGCUACAAUAAACAAACCCUACU